AUGGUAUCGAACAAAUUCUUCGCCAUCGUCGCUGGUAUCGGCCCGGCCACAGGGCGAUCGAUCGCUCUUCGUUUUGGCGAAGCGUAUCCUGUUGUCCUGCUAUCUCGUCGGCCGGAGAGCUAUCAGGACGUCGUGGCCCAGAUCAACAAGACUGGCGGGCGGGCGAUCGGGAUUUCCACGGAUGUCACCGACGAGGCGUCUCUCGCUGCGGCACUCGAAACAAUCAAGAAGGAGUUUGCGGGUUUGCAGCUCGCUGCAGCUAUUUACAAUGUCCGGCCUAACUUACGGGGGAGCCGCAAGCCCUUCCUGGAACUGACAUUGGACGAUUUGGACAAGAGCCUCAACGGCAAUGUCCGCGGUCUCUUCAUCUUUGCUCAGACUGUAGUGCCGCUGCUUCUCCAAUCUGUGGAUAGUUCGCCAUUGCCGCCCACUUUCAUACUCACCGGGGCAACUGCAUCCAUGCGCGGCUCCAAACUCUGGUCUGUGAUCGCGGCAGGGAAGUCUGGGGGGCGUAUCCUGACGCAGUCCCUGGCCCGGGAGUUCGGCCCGGCGGGAGUCCACGUCGCACAUGCCAUCAUCGACGGCGGCAUCGAUGAGCCCGAUGCCGCGCAUGCUGCCAGUAAUGACGCAACUCCGGAUGGAAAGUUGAGCCCUUAUGCUAUCGCUGAAAGCUACUGGAGUCUGCACACGCAACACAAAUCAGCCUGGACGCAGGAGAUCGACUUGCGACCUUUUAACGAGAAGUUCUAG